AUGAGUUCCUUCGGCUACGAUCCGUACUUUUCGACCUCCUACAAGCGGCGCUACGUGGAGACGCCCCGGGUGCACAUCUCCAGCGUGCGCAGCGGCUACAGCACGGCGCGCUCCGCGUACUCCAGCUACUCCGCGCCGGUCUCCUCCUCGCUGUCCGUGCGCCGCAGCUACUCGUCCAGCUCCGGCUCUUUGAUGCCCAGCCUGGAGAACCUCGAUCUGAGCCAGGUAGCCGCCAUCAGCAACGACCUCAAGUCUAUCCGCACGCAGGAGAAGGCACAGCUGCAGGACCUCAACGAUCGCUUCGCCAGCUUCAUCGAGCGCGUGCACGAGCUGGAGCAGCAGAACAAGGUCCUGGAAGCCGAGCUGUUGGUGCUGCGCCAGAAGCACUCGGAGCCUUCCCGCUUCCGCGCCCUGUAUGAGCAGGAGAUCCGCGAUCUGCGGUUGGCGGCGGAAGAUGCCACUAAUGAGAAGCAGGCGCUGCAGGGCGAGCGCGAGGGGCUGGAGGAGACUCUGCGCAACCUGCAGGCUCGCUACGAGGAAGAGGUGCUGAGUCGCGAGGAUGCCGAGGGCCGGCUGAUGGAAGCGCGCAAAGGCGCUGAUGAGGCCGCGCUCGCCCGCGCCGAGCUGGAGAAGCGCAUCGACAGCCUGAUGGAUGAGAUAGCUUUUCUGAAGAAGGUGCACGAGGAAGAGAUCGCCGAGCUGCAGGCUCAGAUCCAGUAUGCUCAGAUCUCCGUGGAGAUGGACGUGUCCUCCAAGCCCGACCUCUCCGCCGCUCUCAAGGACAUCCGCGCUCAGUACGAGAAGCUGGCCGCCAAGAACAUGCAGAACGCCGAAGAGUGGUUCAAGAGCCGCUUCACGGUGCUAACCGAGAGCGCCGCCAAGAACACCGACGCUGUGCGCGCUGCCAAGGAUGAGGUGUCGGAAAGCCGCCGCCUGCUCAAGGCUAAGACCCUGGAGAUCGAAGCCUGUCGGGGUAUGAACGAAGCUCUGGAGAAGCAGCUGCAGGAGCUGGAGGACAAGCAGAAUGCAGACAUUAGCGCCAUGCAGGACACAAUCAACAAACUGGAGAAUGAGCUGAGAAGCACGAAGAGUGAGAUGGCCAGGUACCUGAAGGAGUACCAGGACCUCCUCAACGUCAAGAUGGCCUUGGACAUUGAGAUUGCAGCUUACAGGAAACUCUUGGAAGGCGAAGAGACCAGGCUCAGUUUCACCAGCGUGGGCAGUAUAACCAGCGGCUACUCUCAGAGCUCACAGGUCUUUGGCCGUUCCGCUUACAGCGGCUUGCAGAGCAGCUCCUAUUUGAUGUCCGCCCGCUCCUUCCCAGCCUACUAUACUAGCCACGUUCAGGAAGAGCAGACAGAGGUCGAGGAGACCAUUGAGGCUACGAAAGCUGAAGAGGCCAAGGACGAGCCCCCCUCUGAAGGAGAAGCAGAAGAGGAGGAGAAGGAGAAAGAGGAGGGAGAGGAAGAGGAAGGCGCUGAGGAGGAAGAAGCUGCCAAGGAUGAGUCUGAAGACACAAAAGAAGAAGAAGAAGGUGGUGAGGGUGAAGAAGAAGACACCAAAGAAUCUGAAGAGGAAGAGAAGAAAGAGAAAAGUGCUGGGGAGGAGCAAGUGGCUAAGAAGAAAGAUUGA